CCUGGGAACCUUCCGGACUGUCCCAAUGGGUCCCAGUGGGUGAUGGAGGUGUUCAACGAAUGCACCCAGGACAGCCGGGACAUCGCCAGUGUUGUCCUGGGACUGGUUUCCAUCCUCUGCUUUGUGGCUGCCUCUUUUCCGCAGUUUUACCAAGCCUGGAAAACAGGCAUCAUGGACCAGGCUCUCUCCGUAUAUUUUCUGCUGGGAUGGCUGGGCGGUGACAUCCUAAACCUCAUCGGGUCCUUCCUGGCCAGUCAGCUGCCACUGCAGGUUUACACGGCUAUUUACUACGUGUUCGCAGACCUGGUGAUGCUGACCCUCUACUGCUACUACAAAGCGAAGAAUGAAAGCCGCAGAUUCAACAUCCGGAUCAACGCAGCCUUCGUCUUCCUUUCCCUGGGGACGGUGUUGACCAUCUCUUUCCUGGGAAGAGACGCUGCUGUCAUGCAGGACCCGGUGACGUUUAAAGGGAGGUCUCUGCUCUCCAUUCGCCUGGAUGAGUUUGGGUUGAAGCCUUUCACCAGGAUGGAGAUCAUCGGCUUCACCAUCGGCUCCAUCUCCUCCGUGCUGUACCUGUGCUCCCGCAUCCCCCAGAUCUACACUAAUUACAAGCGGCAAUCCACCGUCGGAGUCUCCUACUCCCUCUUUGCCCUGGUGAUGCUGGGGAAUUUGCUCUAUGGCCUCAGCGUCCUCCUGAAGAACCCCAAGCCAGGGCAAGGCGAAGGUGACUACAUCCUGCACCACUUACCCUGGCUGGUGGGCAGCCUGGGCGUCCUUUGCCUCGACGUGGUUAUCUCCUUCCAGUUCCGUGCGUAUCGGCACGGCAGACCCUAUCCCCUCGAAGAGUGGGACGCUCUACUCUGCGAGCAGGAUGACAUCUUGGAGAGCUGA